AUGUAUCUGGCUGACACACUGAGCCGAGCAUAUUUGACAGAUCAGCCACCAAAAAAUCCGCAAGUGGAAAUAGAGUCAGUCAACAUGGUACAGAGUCUGCCCCUCUCACAGCCAAGAUGUCAGGACAUCAAGACACACACAGAAAGCGAUCAGAGCCUACAGCUCUUGAAAAGUAUGAUUCAAAAUGGGUUUCCAGAAACCAAGGCUGAGAUGCCAGUAGCACUAACAACAUAUUUCCAGGUUCGACAUGAACUCAGUGUCCAAGAUAGCAUAAUAUUCAGAGGAGAGCGAGCUAUAAUCCCUAAGUCACUUAGACAUGACAUGCUUAAACGUGUCCACUCAUCACAUCUUGGAACAGAGGGAUGUCUCCGAAGAGCAAGAGAAUGCUUAUAUUGGCCUGGAAUGAAUGCAGAAAUCAAAGACUACAUUGACAAAUGUGACGUGUGUCAUACGUUUGGAACGCGGCAACAAAAGGAGACUUUGAUAACACAUGAGGUCCCAGUCAGACCAUGGGCCAAAGUUGGAAUUGACCAAUUCGUAUUUGAUGGAAAUGACUACCUGGUCACAGUAGAUUAUUUCUCCAACUUUUGGGAAGUAGACUACCUACCCAACACAGAGACAAAGACCAUCAUCAGAAAGCUCAAAGCUCACUUUGCCCGUCAUGGAAUACCAGACAUUUGUAUUUCAGACAACGGACCACAGGAAGGAUCAGAGGAAUUUGAGAAAUUUAGCAAGACUUGGAACUUUAAACACAUUACAUCAUCCCCAAGGUAUCCACAAAGUAAUGGGAAAGUAGAAAAUGCUGUGAAAUCAGCAAAAAGCAUAAUGAGAAAAUCCAAACUAGCAGGAACAGACCUAUACCUCGGAAUACUUGACUUCAGAAACACACCAACUCAAGGCAUGACUACAAGCCCAGCACAACGACUGAUGAAUAGGCGAACCAAAACAUUAUUACCCAUCACUGACAAACUCCUCAAUCCAGCAAUUAACCAGAGAGUGAGUCAGGAAAUAAAGAAGAAUAAGGAUAGACAAGCAUAUUACUACAACAAGGAUGCCAAAGACCUACCAACACUUAACCAAGGAGAUACUGUGAGAAUGAUGCCUUACAACAAAUCAGAUAAAGUAUGGAAAAAAGCACAAGUAGAUCGCCAGGUCAACAUAAGAUCAUUUGAAGUGACAACAGAAGAAGGCAGAACAUAUCGCAGAAAAUGCAGACACCUGCGGAAGACAUCAGAAACAUACCAUCCAAACACAAGUGAUGUCUACUCAGAAAUUUCCCGACCACCACAAGUGAGAGAAAAUCAACAGAAACAUGCGGAAUUACCAGUGAAUAAUGACCAAUCAGAGAUUAAGACACGAUCAGGUAGAAUUGUUAGAAAACCUGCAUAUCUGAAGACUAUAUCGAAAAUUAAGUACACUAGUUUUGAGAUUCAGUAG